UUAUAUUAUCUCACCAGAUCUAAGCGAUGACUCGAUUCAAAGUUGUUAAUUACUGGGGAUUCGGCAUCUAUAACGACAUCCGAAGUCGUCUCCCGUACUACUGGAGUGACUUCAAGGACGCAUACAACUAUAGGGUUGUCCCGUCUACCACCUACAUAUUUUUCACCAACCUCCUACCUGCUAUCGCAUUUGCUCAAGAUAUGUUCGAUAAUACAGAUAACACCUACGGAGUCAACGAGGUGUUGAUGAGCAGUGCCAUUGCGGGAGUAUGCUUCGGACUUCUCUCCGGCCAGCCAUUGUGUAUUGUAGGAGUCACGGGGCCCAUCUCCAUUUUCAGCUACACAGUGUACGAUAUCAUGAAACCCCGAGGAACCCCAUACCUUCCAUUUAUGUGCUGGAUAUAUUUGUGGUCGAUGGUGAUGCAUUUGGUGAUCGCCGUGAGCAACAUGGUCUCGUGGUUGAAAGUCAUCAGCCAGUUUUCCUGUGAAGUUUUUGGGUUCUUCAUCUGUGUCGUUUAUAUUCAGAAAGGGAUCCAGAUUUUAAGUAAUCAAUUUGCUGAAGUCGGUGUUGCCAGUGGAUUUUUGUCGGUUCUCAUCAGUGUAUUGAUGGUGUUUACCGGAGUUGGCUCGUUUGUGUUUGGUACAUACUUGCAUUACUUCAAGCCGUGGGUACGCAAAGUGUUUGUAGACUAUGGGGUCCCACUAUCGGUGGUUUUUUUUACCGGCUUCAUCCACUUUGGCCACUACAUUAGCGAUACUACCAUGGCAAAACUUCCAGUGACCUCGAGCUUUGUCCCCACGAAAUCUGGACAGUCCAGGCCCCAUGGAUGGUUCAUUCACUUCUGGCCCUCGGAGAACAUUGGUGUGGGAGACGUUUUUCUUGCCAUUCCGUUUGCAGUCUUGUUAACCUUCUUGUUCUACUUCGACCACAAUGUAUCGUCGUUAAUGUGUCAGCUGAAAGACUUUCCGUUGAAGAAACCGUCGUCUUUCCACUGGGACUUCGCGUUGUUGGGCAUCACUACUGGCUUAGCAGGUAUUCUAGGCAUCCCAGCCCCGAACGGCUUGAUUCCUCAGGCACCACUCCAUACCACCUCACUAGUGGUACACGACUCACAGACAGGUAAGCCUCAAUACGUGGUGGAACAGCGAUUUACCAACACGGUCCAGGGCCUAUUGACGUUUGUGAUGAUGUCUCCGCCGUUUCUCACGGUGCUUGGCCUCAUUCCACAAGCAGUUCUUUCAGGAUUGUUCUUCAUAAUGGCCCUCACGGGGUUGCAUGGGAAUCCAAUCACAAACAAGCUCCGAUUCUUAUUUAUGGAUGAGGGGUAUAUCGCUCUGGAUGCCUCGUGCCCAGAAGAGUUUCGUCAGUAUCAACGGUACCCCAACAAAAAAUACUUCUACAUCUACUUGGGGCUCCAGCUUGUGGGAGCAGCAGCCGAGGUUGCCAUCACCAUGACGAAGGCUGCUGUGGGAUUCCCCGGAGUACUCUUGUUAUUUGCUUUUGCAGCCAAAUGGAUCUGGCCCUAUAUAAUUCCGGCACUGGAGCUCGAGUUGCUCGACUCUGAUGUGGCUGAUGCUGUCAUCAUAAAGAAUCUUCAGAUUGUCAGUGAAGUUAAGAGAAAAAACCUCGAAAAUGAAAAGUCCAGCGAAAGUUCAGAAUACAUUGUUAUCGACACCGUCGGGUCGAGUGAAAAUUACGUCCACCAGCGCAAACACUCACGGGUUUGAAAAAGCUAUAGUACCUAUCCAUACGAACACCACAGCCACGGGGCCACGUAUGUGAUCGGCUAUUUUUUUGCGGUUUUCAGGCACAUUUUCAGUUUUUGGUGCCAAUGAGGUCAAUGUUUUGAGCGAUUUUUUUUCGAAUUCACACAGCUAAUUUCUUUGAGUGAUUUAAUUCAUUGGUGAAUGAAAAAUAUUAUGAGGUCUUUUUGUUUUUUUAAAGGAAGCAAUAGCUUCUUUGGGAAGCUAGGGCAGAGGUUUUUACAAGGGGAUUAUUUCAUUGGAGGGAUAUUAUUUGCCUUUGGUACUUGAAAAUGAGGUAUUUUUGGUGAAAAUUUUAAUUUUGUUGUUCCUGUUU